AUGUCUGAGGAAGGUACUCCCUUAUUGGAACAACGUGUUAAUGGCGCUGAGGUAACUAAGCCAGGGUACUUACCAAAAGAUGAGAUCGAAUGGGAAUUCGGUGGUCCUGCUGGAGCAUUGGGGAUGAUGAUAGGGUUCCCCUUAUUGAUGUGGUAUAUGUGGAUUAGUGCCGAAUUCUACGGCGGUAAGCCAGCUUGGCCAACUGAAGAAGAAACUUGGCGACAAUUCAUUCACCAUUUGUACAACACAUUCCUUGAACAUGGAGUCCCAUCAUUUACUUCAUGGUUUGUGUUCACAGCUUUUAUUCUUUUGGAAGCUGCCUUUUAUUUGACAUUGCCUGGGAUCUGGACCAAAGGUCAGCCUUUAACUCACAUGAAUAAUAAGCAAUUGCCAUAUUUUUGUAAUGCCGUGUGGUCCUUUUAUACCACCAUUGCCCUUGCCUUGAUCUUGCAUGUUACCGGGGUGUUCAAGGUGUACUAUAUAUUGGAACACUUUGGGGAAAUCAUGACUACCGCCAUCUUCUAUGGAUUAUCGUUAUCAAUUGUUUUGUACAUUGUUUGUUUGACUGUUACUCAUGAUUAUAGUCGGAUGACCGGAAACCAUAUCUAUGACUGUUUCAUGGGUGCACCAUUGAACCCUCGGUUGUUCACGUACUUGGACCUCAAGAUGUUCUUUGAAGUCAGAAUCCCUUGGUUUCUCUUAUUCUUUAUGAGUUUAGGUCUUGUUGUCAAACAAUACGAACAAGGCCACGUGUCUCCCCAAGCAGUCUUCAUCUUAUAUGCUCAUUGGUUAUAUGCUAAUGCUUGUGCUAAAGGUGAGGAAUUGAUUGUUCCAACUUGGGACAUGGCCUAUGAAAAGUUUGGCUUCAUGCUUCUCUUUUGGAACAUCGGUGGCGUCCCCUUUACCUACUGCCAUUGUACCUUGUUCCUUUACUAUCACGACUAUACCGAAUACCAAUGGUCAAUCACUUACAAUGUGAUUUUGUUCGUGGUCUUGACCAUUGCUUACUACUUUUUCGACACCGGAAACAGACAAAAGAACUCCUUUAGGAGAUUCAUGUCGGGAAACAAAAACAUAAGAAAGACCUUCCCCUACUUGCCAUAUUCUGAUUUGGUUGACCCCAAGUACAUUAAAUGUAAAAAUGGCUCCUUCUUGUUGACUGAUGGUUGGUAUGUUUAUGCUCGGAAGAUGCACUACACUGCUGACUUUACCCAAUCAUUAACGUGGGGUUUAAUUUGUGGAUUUGCUUCUCCAUUCCCAUGGUUCUUCCCCGUCUUCUUCUUUAUUGUCUUGGUCCACAGAGCUUACAGAGAUCAACGCAAAUGUGCAAAGAAAUAUGGUGAAGAUUGGGAUAGAUAUUUGGAAGCUUGUCCAUACAUGUUCAUUCCAUAUAUCUGGUAA